UUCAGAGAUUUUUUUUUUGCGGGGCUAAGAUUCUUUUUUCUGCUUGAAGAGAAAACAUUGAAUUUUGCUCACGCUAAACAACAUGUUGAAUUGAUAAUUGUCCGGUGCCUGUCAAAAUGAAGAGACACCAAGCGUGUUUUCACUUGGAGUAUACCUCCUAAACUUCCAGCUUAAUCCUGUUUUGACUUGGAAUAUACUUUCUGAACUCCCAGCUUAACCCUGUUUUGGACUUGGAGUAGACUUCCUCAACUUUCAGCUUUAAUAUCUGAUAUCUUGUGACAUCUGAACUUUUAAAUUAGAGCAUUUUUUUCACCAAUACGCAAGUUGCGUAUCUUUUCAUUGAUAGAAGGAAAGUACAAGCAAGGGGUUACAACGCAUACAAGGCCAUGUGCACAAGAGGCAUGGUAAGAAAGCGUGGGAGCAGACUAGAUCAAAGGGGUUGCUCAGCCCCAAAAACUUAUAUAUUUUUUUACUUCUUUGAGUAUUUAGAUCUCUUAAUCAGAGCAUUUAGUCUCUUAAUUAAUUAAUUAAUUGUCGAGCACACACUUCUUUAAUGCUUACAAGAUUUCAGUUUUGCAGCGUGAUAUCUACACAUGGUCACCAGAGCUACGAUGAUGGUAUUCCCUUCUCUGUGUAUCUGAUUACCAGCUCCUGACGGCCCGGUGCGGCAAACAGAGGAGCUUAUUCUUCUAGCUCCACCGUUUCUGAAUCCUGAGAAUUCUUGCCAGCAAUAGCAUGCUGUCUUUGCAGUUCUGAGCAGGUUGGCGUUCCAUCGCUUAUCGAUGAUCCAGAGUUUAUAACUUGGGGAGGUGGAGCUUCGAUGUGUGCUGAACCCUUCAGCUUCUACAAGUUCACUGGCUAUCAGUUUUCUAUCAUCCAUGGAUCUGCCUUGUCAUCGGUGGAUGGCCAUGGUUAUCCUCCCCCUCCUGCUCCUCGUGCCUCUCACCGCUGCCCAAAUGUGGCCAUCCUGUGGCGAGAGCGGCGACUACAAAUCAAAUAGCACCUACGAAGCCAACCUCAAGCUCCUCUCAACCACCCUCCCGAAGAAAGCAGCGUCCAGCACCAACCUCUUCGCCACCGACACCGUUGGCAAUGUUCCGAAUGUCAUCUUCGCCCUCGCACUCUGCCGCGGGGACUCCAACACCUCUGCCUGCGAGGGAUGUUUGGUUACUGCCUUCCAGGACGGGCAGGAGCACUGCGCGAACUAUAAGGACGCCGCUGUGUACUAUGAUAGCAAUCCUUGCAUGCUCAGGUUCUCCAACAAGAAUUUUCUCUCCACCACCGUCAAUGACCAUAUACUCAUCAUUGUUAGCAUCGAGAGCUUGAUGAUGAACAUCUCGACAAGAGCCGACUCCUUCAGGGUCUUGUUGUUCACGCUUCUGAACAACACGGCUCAAGCGGCCGCGAACAGCUUGAGGAGGUUCACCACCUCGCGCUUAGACGUCAACUCCUUCCCUACGCUCUACUGCCUUAUGCAGUGCACGCCAGACCUGACCGCCGACGACUGCACCGCAUGUUUGCAGCCUUACUUCCAGUAUACAGUCAAGUACAUGGAUGGUAAGAAAGGUGGUCGAUUACUGGGGACACGGUGUACCAUGAGAUACGAGAUAUUCCCAUUCUUCCAAGGGGACCCCAUGCUGCGUAUUAUCAACUUGGUAUCUGAAGUUCCGGCGAUCAACAACACCAUUCCACGGAUUACCGUGAACCCACCCCCACAGUCACAGUCACAGCCACAGUCGCCGGUUGCAGCACCACCACCUCCGGAGGCGCAAGCAGCCACCCAAGAACUUCAUGGACGCAACUCACGCCAGAGGCCGCUCUGGAUUAUCGCUGUGGCAGCUCCAUUACUGUCAAUAUUUCUGUGCGUUAUCUGUUUUGUUGUAUGGAUGAGAAGGCGAAGAAAAGGAACGGAAAUAUUACAUGAUCAAGCUGCCAUGAAUAGGCCGGAAGAAGACGCAUUGGUUUGGAGAUUGGAAGAGAAGAGUUCAGAGUUCACUCUGUUUGACUUAUCUGAGGUAUUGCGUGCUACACACAACUUCUCCAAAGAAAACCUACUUGGGCAAGGUGGUUUUGGCCCUGUCUACAAGUUUUGUACAUACUUCCAGGGCCAGUUACCAAAUGGAACAGAAAUUGCAGUUAAAAGGCUUGCCUCACAUUCAGGACAGGGUUUCACAGAAUUCAAAAAUGAAGUUGAACUUAUUGCAAAACUACAACACAGUAAUCUGGUCAAGCUCAUGGGAUGCUGCAUUAAGGGAGAGGAAAAACUUUUGGUGUACGAAUAUUUGCCAAAUAAGAGCUUGGACUUCUUCAUCUUUGAUGUUAACCAAACAACUUUGGUUGAUUGGAAUAAAAGAUGUGUGAUAAUCGAAGGGAUAGCCCAAGGUCUACUAUAUCUCCACAAGCACUCCCGGUUGCGCAUCAUACACAGAGACCUUAAGGCCAGCAACAUUCUCUUGGACCAGGACAUGAAUCCUAAAAUUUCUGAUUUUGGGCUAGCAAAAAUUUUCAGCACCAAUGAUUCUCAGGGAAGCACAAAGAAGGUGGUGGGAACAUAUGGUUAUAUGGCUCCGGAGUAUGCAUCUGAAGGAAUUUACUCUAUCAAAUCUGACGUGUUCAGUUUUGGUGUGUUGCUUCUCGAGAUCCUUAGUGGAAAAAGGAAUUCUGGUUUCCAUCAGCAUGAAGACUUUCUUAACCUCCUUGGAUAUUCAUGGCAUCUCUGGGAAGGAGGGAGAUGUCUUGAGCUUCUAGAAGCAUCGAUUGUUGAGGAGAUCCAUGCAGCGGAGGCUAGUAGGUACAUUAACAUUGCGCUAAUGUGCGUACAAGAGCGCGCAGACGAUCGACCAACCAUGUCGACUGUCGUCGCAAUGUUAAACAGUGAGAAUGUUAGUCUUCCAGGGCCUAAACAUCCGGCAUACUUCAACCUACGGGUAUCCAAGGAAGAUGAAUCGGGUAGUGUUCCAUACAGUAAUAAUGCCGACACCAUCUGCAGUAAUAAUGACUUGACCAUCACUGAGGAGCCAGAUGGCAGAUAGUUGAUCACUUUGCUUCAGUUGUUGAUGGAAGUACUAGCAAUCAGACAGCAGGCAGGCGGACCAGGUCAAGUGAACUAGGGCAGACCAAGUAAGCCUAUCAUAUUUUGGUUCUGAAGGAUGGCGACCGGUGUAUCUCUGUAGCGGUUGUUCGGUCCUCCGUUAAUACUGUAUUUAGCUUUUGUGCACCGCACCAUCGUUUUACACCGAUGGCGACCGGUGUAUCUCUGUAGACUUGAAAUCCAAAGGAUUUCAAUCUGACAACAGAUGCAUUAACUGAAUCCUGCUGGGUAAAAGAUGUGUUGCAUCUGUAUGCGCCUUCCAUGUUUUCUUCCAAGUUAUGAAAAGAAACAUUUCUGUAGAGUUGUCAUGAUAAGACAAACAUGAAGGAGAUCUUUUUGGAA